AUGGAAUCCAGUCAGACAACAGUCGCACGCCGCCAUCCAGAAGACUUCGGCAGCUCUCUACAGAGAUUGGCCGACUCUGUUGAGAGUACCAUGGCUGCCGUUUAUGACCUGGACGUCGCUGUACUCAACACACAGCCCUCUCCCUCACGCCAGGAGUUUCUCUUGUUACGACAAACAUUGAGGGACCACUGGACUGGACUCCAAGCCUUCCUUCACAGCUGCUCCGUAGUCGUUGACGACUUUUAUAUCUUAUCAAAGACUGCGGGUGUAGAACCUGAGCAAGAGCGCGCGGCCUUCCUAAAGGAAAUCAUAGAAGAGAGUGUCGCGAAGCUCCAGAACUCCUGCAAAGCACUGGUGGCCAGAAACGCGGGGAUAUCAUUAGGUUUCCAGAAUGCCAGUUCGCAAUUUAUCUCAAAGCGCUCCAGCAGAAAUGUAGCGGGGCCACGUCGCUCUUUAUCUGCGCGCGUCCGAGGACUGACACCGCAUGCCAAUCAAUUCGUCCAAUUUAGCCUCAAUUCUGCCUAUCCGGACGUCUCUUCGUCGGCCACAGCUACCCAGCAGUCACUGAUCGAUACUCAUAUCAUCCUCAAUGAGAUUUCACAGUUCUGGGACUCCUUAGAGGCCAGAUUCCAGGCCUCAAGCGAUGACCAGCACACUGAAAGUCAACUCUUGAUGUUGGAAGAUAAAUCCACAGAAUAUUCGACCGUUUGGGAGGCAAACGGUGAAGAUAUUCGGCACACCCUUGCUUCUCUCUCCCGCUCGAUCGAUCUGCUCUCGAUUGAAGCUACCGCCCCUCUGUCUCAUGAAGAACAUCUGGACCGUGGUGUGUCCUGGAACGCUAUCCUCAAACUAUUCAAAUCAUCGCGUCUUCGGGUCUCUCCAUUCCAUAAUUCCUCUGAUACGUCGUAUUCCGCCUCGAUAUCCUCCACUUAUACAUCCAGGAGUAAUCCUAGUAUCCCUCUAAUUUCGCAUCGCCUCACAUCCGCUGGCUGCACCAUAUCUUCCGUCUCACCUGCCUCAACGGCGGGCGCUUCCGAACAGACAGUCUCCUUCUCUGCGUGGAUUUCCACCCCAUCGCAUCUCCCUUUACUCGCAAUACCUUCCUCUCCUCCACACGGCUGGCCUUCCGGCUCUUAUGCCUCAUCAGCCACAUCUUCCCCAAAUACCUAUUCCUGCGACGACGACGGCCUUCCUCCUAGGCCCCCGUCGGGUAUUUCCGUGCCCCAAGCUACAUCCAUGCCCGAAGCGCAAGUGGUUGCACGGUCAAAUAUCAGCGACAAAGACUUGCCUUCGUCUGGAGAUGAGCAGGCAUCUCACUCAACUUCAUCGUCGAAGCCACAUUUGCGGAAACGCGCCCAUACAAUCAUGGUGUCAUUUUUUAUCAAAUUUAAACAACACCUGCCUAGCCGAGGGAAGGGGAUAGAGAGUCUGAGAUUGAGAAUUUUUCGUUGA